AUGGCCGAAAUUGAAGAACUUGCCCAUGCUAUUGCCGGUGCUGGUGGAGGUGCGUUAUCUAUGAUAGUAACGUACCCAUUGGUGACAUUAUCAACAUUAGCUCAAACCACUCAGAAAAAAAAGGAGGAAAAGAAGGUGGAAGUGAAGGAAUUCGAGGCUAAGGAAUACCACUACCGAAUUGUAAAUAAGAUAGUUACGUCUUCGUCGUAUCAAGCAGCUCGGGAGAUCAUUAGGAAAAAUGGGGUUUUAGGGCUCUACUCUGGGUUGGAGAGUGCAUUAUACGGCAUAACAUUGACGAAUUUUAUCUACUACUACUUCUACGAGUUGACGUCGAACGUUUUUUUGAAGGCCAAUGUAGGCAAGAGACAGGGAGGGGGGUUGUCGAUGGUGCAGUCGAUAAUCACAGGAGCUAUUGCCGGGGCUGUAACUUGUGUUGGGUCGAAUCCGUUCUGGGUGGCUAACACCAGAAUGAUGACCGAUAAGAAUAGGGGAUCGGAAGGAGAGAAGGAGUCCACCGGAUCCACGUUCAAAGCGAUUGUCAAUAUCAUCGAGAACGACGGGGUGAGCACCUUGUUCGCAGGUGUGUUACCAGCGUUAGUGUUAGUGAUCAACCCGAUCAUCCAGUACACCAUUUUCGAGCAAAUCAAGAACAUCAUUAUUGCCAAGAACGGUAAGAAGUCCUUCACUGCGGUCAACGCCUUCUUCAUAGGUGCCUUCGGUAAGCUCAUUGCCACGUCGUUAACUUAUCCGUACAUUACGUUGAAGUCGAGAAUGCACGUCAAAAAGAAGAAGUUAUCGAAGCAGGUUUCCGACGACGAGGAGAUAAAGUUGUCAAUGAUCCAGGAGAUCAAAAAGAUUAUUAAGGAAGAAGGUAUCGAAGGCUUAUAUGGGGGUUUGACUGUCAAAUUGAUUCAAUCGAUCACUACAGCCGCGUUUUUAUUCUACUUUAAAGAGGAAUUAUUAACUGGCUCCGUCAAAUUGGUCCAAAUCUUCAAAUUAAUGAAAAUGAAGAAGAAUGCUGUUAAAUAG